ACUGCGUCUAAGAAUAAAUCGGAACCGAAAGUUGCUUACUGUUCGAUAGGACCGAACAACACUCGUAUACCUACGAAGAUUUUUGAUGCCAUCAGCUGGACUUCUGCAUCAAUAGCGACACGAAAACUAAUGAUGGCCAUCUUUAAUCGCGAAACCUUAGCCACACAUUCUAUGACCGGGAAGCCGUCGCCUGCUUUUAAAGAUCAUAAUAAACCACUUAAGAAAAUGCUUAAUCCAUUAGCCAUACAAGACAUUAUAUUUGCUGUUACACGUAGGUGUGUCGUUUCGGAGAAGGAGGUUCGUAACGCCAUCACCACCAAGUGCGCUGAUGAAAACAAAAUGUGGAAAUUGGCUGUGGCCAAAACCCAAUCAUUAUGUGAACAUGAUAAAGAAAAUGUCGGCUAAGAUAUAAAUAAAAUAUUGAGAAGUCAAAUCAGCA